AUGUUGCAAGAAUGUAUAUUCUGGAAAGAUUAUAGAAGGGGAAGAAGAAUUCAUGCUCAUAUGGUUAUUGUUGGAUAUGUUCCUAAUGAAUAUUUGAAGACCAAAUUGUUGAUAUUGUAUGCAAAAUCAGGAUGUCUAGAAACUGCACGGUUUCUAUUUAAUGACUUGGUGAAGAAGGACUUGUUUGCAUGGAAUGCAAUCAUAGCGGGCUAUGUUCAAAAGGGUCUUGAAGAAGAUGGAACCCGGGAGGCAAGUGCAUGGUGUUAUGUUGAAGUGUCAAAUUGGAGACAAUGUUGUAGUCAAUGGUGCAUUAAUAGACAUGUUACUUUUCUUGCAGUUUUGGUUGCUUGUAGCUAUGGGGGUUUGAUUGAUGAAGGCCAUAAAUAUGUUCAAUCAAUGAUAAGAGACUAUGGAAUAGUGCCUCAAGCUAAACAUUAUGCAACAAUGGUUGACCUUUUAGGGCGUUCCGGGAAGUUAAAAGAGGCUUAUGAAUUCGUUCUGAAAUCACCUUGUAAAGAGCACUCAGUGAUAUGGGGUGCCUUGCUUGGGGCUUGGAAGAUUCACGGUGACUUAGACUUGUUAAAAAUUGCGUCUAAGAAAUAUUUUGAAUUUGAACGCGUAAAUGCUGGAAAGUAUGUUGCCUUAGCAAAUGCUUAUGCCUUGUCUGGUUUGUGGGAUGAUGUUGAGGGUGUUAGGGCUUCUUUGAGGGAAUCAGGGGUGACAAAGGAGCCUUGUCUGGUUUCAUGUUGCACGAUUUUAUUCAUGAAAGUUAGUUUUGGUUUUGUUCAUGAUUUCUUUGAGAAGAAGAUGGAAGGAACAAUAAGACUUUGUAUUAAUUGA